CCUUCUUGAGCAGCCGCGCUCUUGAUUGGCUGCUCGGGAGGUUGGCUGGUUGUCUGUCUCUGCUGCGCCCCGCCCUCCCACGGAGUUCAUUUACAUAUUUAAAGAGGAAGCGGCCCUUUUCCUCUCAUUGACACACCUUUCUGCGCAGGCGCAGACAGGCCGGCCUUCCUUUCUGUUCCUGCUUAUAUUGCAGUUUGGAGAACAAGCCUUAACUAGUUUCCAACAGGCCUCUGAGGAUGCCUGACAUAGAUGUGGGCGAAAUGUCAGGAGAGAAUGCUUCUGGAACAUGGCCAGACAGCCCGGAAAACAGACAACAACCCUCAGAAGAGAAAGCUUCUGGAACAUGGCCAUAUAGCCCAAAAGACUCACAGCAAAUCACUUAAAAGCAUCUUUUUAACUAUCAAGAACAACAAACAAGAGAGGUGCGGCAUAUAAGGCUGAGUCGGGGCCUUGUUGCUCCACAACAGUCUUGGCUCCAGGAUGAUGGGCUUCAAUUUGCUUGCCUUCUUGGCGGCUGCCUUCCUCGGCCUCUGUGCCGGUCAGUCCUCGCCGGACCUCAUCACCUCCCUCCCGGGUUUGGCCGAAAUGCCGGCCUUCCAGCAAUGGUCGGGCUUCCUCCAGGCCGGGCCGGGCAAGUAUUUCCACUACUGGUUUGUGGAGUCCCAGGGCAACCCGGCGAGCGACCCUGUGGUUCUUUGGCUGAACGGAGGUCCCGGCUGCAGCUCCAUGGAGGGCUUCUUGGCCGAGAACGGGCCGUUCCAUGUGAACAGCGAGGGCACCCUGUACCUGAACCCCAGCAGCUGGAACCAGGUGGCCAACAUGCUGUACCUGGAAUCCCCGGCCGGAGUGGGCUACUCCUACUCCACGGAGGGAGAGACCACCCUCAGCGACAGCCAGGUGGCCGAGGACAACUACCAGGCGCUGCAGAGCUUCUUUGCGAAAUUCCCGGACUUCGCCAGCAACCCGUUCUAUGUCUUCGGGGAAAGCUACGGCGGGAUCUACGUCCCGAGCCUGACGGCCAAGAUCGCAGCCGGAGCCGCCAAGGUCAACCUGAAGGGAUUCGGUGUGGGCAACGGCAUGACGAACUACGCCCUCAACGACGAGACGCUGAUGGAGUUCUGCUACUCCCACGGAGUCUUUGGGGACGACCUGUGGACCUCCUUGAAUGAAAACUGCUGCAGCGACGGAAUCUGCAACUACUCCGACAAUGACAACAGCAACUGCAUCACAGCCAUCUCGGAGGCCUAUGGGGUGCUUUAUGGGAUUGGCCUGAACAUAUACAAUCUGUAUGCGCCCUGCUGGGGAGGGGCCCACUACCAGGACCGCUACCAAGCCGACCUCUCCAACCUCUUCCACCAAUACCAGUUCAACGUCCCUGUGCCGGCAGUGGGUGCCAUCCCAGGAGUGCCGGCGUGUAUCAACGCCACGGCCAUGUACGUCUGGCUGAACGCAGAUGACGUCCGGCAGGCUCUCCAUAUUCCCAGCAGCCUCCCAAACUGGGAACUUUGCAGUUCCCAGGUGCGGGCGCAUUACCAGCGGGAAUACCAGGACAUGUCUCCCUUCUACAAGGCUCUGCUGGAGCAGGACCUGAGAGCGCUGGUCUACAACGGAGACGUGGACAUGGCCUGCAAUUUCCUGGGGGCUGAGAAGUUUGUCCAGGCUUUGAACCAGUCGACGCAAAGCGGGUUCCAGCCCUGGUACUACAAAGACCAAGUGGCAGGGUUUUUCAAGGAAUAUGAGAAGAUCACGUUCCUGACGGUGAAGGGUGCUGGGCACAUGGUCCCCCAGUACAAGCCUGGCCCGGCUCUGAAGAUGUUCAAAUGCUUCCUCUCCCAAACCAGCUACGUUUGACCCACCGUCAUGGCCUUGUCAUUAGUCUCCGAACGCUUGGGAAAGAGUCUACAAUCCUGCUCAGAACUACCCUUUGUGAGCACACUGUAAACACUGCUGAUGAUAUGUGUAUAAUAUAUAUUUCUAUUAUGAUUCCAUGUUAUUAAAAUGUAUUAAUCAUGCAGACCUGCUGCGUCCAUGAUGCUCAACUCAGAUUGCGCAAAAGAGUUUUGCUCUCCUUUUGCAUAUAGGUUUAUUAGAGCGUUCCAGGCAGGUGAAAACAGGAAACAUAGCAAAACGAGACCAUAGGCAAAACUUGGAUAAAGUAAUUCAAUAAGCAAACAUUAAAUCCCAAAGACCAAGGAGCUAGAAAAUAUCCUUGAAAACAAGGAGCGCUUGGAAACAGGAACCUUGGAGGUAAAGCAAUGUUGCCUUGACUGGAAAAUGAACGCUACAUGAAUGAAUAAAAGCCUUCCCCAAAAUCCCA